AUGGCUUUGAUAUUGAAGUUUCUAUCCUUCUGCAAGACUAACGAAUAUUGGAUUAUCCAUUUGGAUCAAAAUGGUCAACCUCUGAAGAUAGGAAAUUCUGCUCAGUACGGAUUGGGUUUGCGUCUUGUUGAUUGGAGUUUCUUUUUCCUAGAACUUUCUCGUAGAAACUUCAAGAGAAAUUUCUAUCGAUUUGAUUUGAUGACCUUCUUAUCCGUAGAAAGUCAAGCAAGUCAACCUUCCAGUGAUUCUAUGUGUAUAAUCUCAAUAUCGAGAAUGAUAGAAACAAUACUAAAAACAAAUGAAAAAAACAUUCGAAUCCUUAUCAUUUUCGAUGACCAUAAGGAGUCUCGAUGUGGGCCCGAAUUCUGGUUUCAGUCAAUGGAACCUCCUCAUCAAAACCCUAACCCUAGUUUCACUCAUUUCAGCAGUCCAUUCGUCGAUCCAUCAUCGUCAUCGGACUUCGAGUUCUCAGAAUAUAUCGACCAUGUAUUCAAGGAUGAUCAUUCUUCGCUGCCGAGUAUGGAGUCAUCCGAGCACGUCGGGGCCAGCUCAACUACGAGGCAUAGUGUUGCAACAUCAAGAGAUACAGCCAUGCAAAAUCGCAGGAACAAGAACAAGACGGAAGAGACACAGAGGAUUGCAUUUAGGACUAAAUCGCAGCUGGAAGUGAUGGAUGAUGGGUAUAAAUGGAGAAAGUAUGGAAAGAAGUCUAUCAAGAACAAUCCCAACCCAAGGAAUUACUAUAAAUGUAUAGUUGGAGGAUGCCAUGUGAAGAAGAGGGUGGAGAGGGACAGAGAAGACUCAAGUUAUGUGAUAACAACAUAUGAGGGAAAGCACAACCAUGAAAGCCCUGGUGUGGCCUAUGACAACCAGAUGUCCCCUAAUGCUUGGAAUUCUCUAGUAUCUCUUCAGUCAUCCACUUAUUCUUGA